AUGUGGCUAUAUAAAGGAUCAAGAAGUAUUCAACUAGCAUUUACUCCCUCUACAUCUCUAAUGGCGGUUCCGAAAGAUAUUGUCAAGAAAAUCGAGGACGGAUUCGCAAAGCUUCAAGAGGCAGCUGACUGUAAGUCCCUACUAAAGAAACACCUCACCAAGGCUGUUGUUGAUAAGCUGAAGACCAAGAAAACCCGACUGGGUGCAACUCUCCUCGACGUCAUCCAAUCUGGCGUUGAAAAUCUCGAUUCUGGUGUUGGAUUGUAUGCACCUGAUGCAGAAUCCUACACAGUCUUUGCUGACCUAUUCAACCCUGUCAUUGAGGAAUAUCAUAAUGGUUUCAAGGCCACCGAUAACCAACCUCCUAUGGAUCUAGGAGAAAAGAACGCAACUGAUGUAUACAUCAGCGUUAAUUUAUCUCCCAGUGUAUAUAACAUAGUUUUUCAGCUAGCUGAACUCACAGACCUCGAUCCAGAGAAUAAAUUCAUCGUGUCUACACGAAUUAGGUGUGGACGAUCUCUUGUUGGAUAUCCUUUUAAUCCAUGUCUCACUGAGCUGAACUACAAAAACAUGGAAAAGAAAAUGCAGGACAUCCUCAAUGGAAUCACUGAUGAAGAGCUGAAAGGUAAAUACUACGCUCUCACCGGAAUGGACGAGGAAACGAAGAAAACACUGAUCGCUGACCAUUUCUUUUUCUGGCCAACUGGACGUGGUAUCUUCCACAAUGAGAAGAAAACAUUCCUCGUGUGGAUAAAUGAAGAAGAUCACCUAAGGAUCAUAUCAAUGCAACCUGGUGGAGAUGUUGGGGCUGUGCUUGGUCGUCUCAUCAAAGGUCUUAACUACAUUUCGUCAAAGGCACCAUUCGCUCGCCACCCCCGUCUUGGCUGGCUCACUUUCUGCCCUACCAAUUUAGGAACCACAGUGCGCGCCUCGGUGCAUAUAAAACUGCCGAAGAUUUCUGCAAAACCAGAAUUCCAGCAGAUCUGUAGUGACAUGAAACUCCAGGUGAUUCGUGGCAUUCACGGUGAGCAUUCGGAAUCAGCAGAAGGAAUUUACGAUGUCUCUAACAAACAACGACUUGGUCUAACCGAAUAUAUGGCCGUCCGUCAGAUGUACGAUGGAGUGAAAAAGCUGAUUGAGUUAGAGAAGGCUGAGGGUUGA